GCCCGGCGCGGCCGGCACUCGGGAGAGCAGGGGGCAGCCGAGCCGCAGGGGCACGUGCCCCACGGAGCAUCGGUGGCGUGGCCAGGAGCCGGGGCCCCGGCUGCCCCCCACCUCUGGGCAGGUCAGCGGAGAGGGUCGGGGUGCGGCGGGCAGUGGGGCGUCCGAGAGCCCCGGCGGGGCGGCUGGGGAACAGCUGGGCCGCUCCCCACAUCUGGAGCAGCGCGGCCGAGCGGGAAAUAAUCCGGGGGAUUAUGCGUGUGCGCGGGCACGAGCCCCCCCCGCCUGCCCUCCACAGCCCCAGAUAUUCCAUAAAAGCCUCAAAUCCCCGCGCGGCCACGGCUGCCCCCCCCCUCCCCCGGCCUUGGCCCUGGCUCGCCCUGGCAGGGUGGCAGCCGCCAGCACUGCGCCAGCCGGCCCCCCGGGGCCAGGCAUGCCCUGCGGCACGGGGGCAACCCCCAGCCAUGGGCAACUGCACCAAGACUCCUGAGCGGAGGCUCCCCAAGGAUGGGAAGCCGGGCUCCAACCCCUCGGCCCCCGGCGCCGGGGACCCUGAGGAGGCAUCGGAGGCGGCACAGUCCCCCCCGCUGCAGAACUACUCGGUGCUGCAGGGGCUGGUGGGGCCGGCCUGCAUCUUCCUGCGGCAGAGCAUCGCCAUCACCCAGCUGGACCGAGAGCUGCGUCCCGAGGAGAUUGAAGAGCUGAAACAGGCCUUCCGGGAGUUCGACAAGGACCGCGACGGCUACAUCAGCUACAAGGACCUGGGCGAGUGCAUGCGGACCAUGGGCUACAUGCCCACCGAGAUGGAGCUCAUCGAGCUGUCCCAGCAGAUCACCGGGGGCAAAGUGGAUUUUGAUGAUUUCGUGGAACUGAUGGGCCCCAAGAUGCUGGCGGAGACGGCAGACAUGAUCGGCAUCAAGGAGCUGCGCGACGCCUUCCGCGAGUUCGAUACCAACGGGGACGGGCAGAUCAGCAUGGCGGAGCUGCGGGAGGCCAUGCGCAAGCUGCUGGGCCAGCAGCUCAACUACCGCGAGGUGGACGAGAUCCUCAAGGACGUGGAUCUCAACGGGGACGGCCUGGUGGACUUUGAAGAGUUCGUGCGGAUGAUGUCUCGCUGAGGACGGCGCGUGCCAACACGGGAGCCGAGCCCCCGCCGUGCCUUACCGAGAGGAGGCGGCCGCGGAGGAGACGCCCCGGCUCUGGCUGCGGCAGCCGGGGCUGUGCCA